GUGACAGUCUCACUCUCACCUAUCUAGCCUAACGUCGCUUCACCGCCGUUUCCCAUUCUUAUUCUCUCUCUUCAUAACACUCUUCCUUUUUACAGUUCACGCCAAAUGCCUGCACUCUUUCUCUACUAUUACCAAGCAUUGGCCACACCAACACCAACGAAUAACCUUUGUUAUUGUAACUAAUAACCACUGCAUUUUUCCAUACUCGUUGAUCUCUUACACUAAGUGCUGUGGUUGGUGACCGCAAUGGAAGACAAUGCCUUGGUGCUGUUGUUCUAUCCUGGCCGUCACAAGUGGAAGCUUCUCAUGUCUCCUUUGCUGCUCAUGCUCUUGCUUAUCUCACCACUGGCUUCCUCCUUCAGUGAAGAAGGACAAGCGUUAAUGGCUAUGAAGGCUUUGUUCAGUAAUAUGGCAGACGUUCUCCUUGACUGGGAUGACGCGCAUAAUGACGACUUUUGCUCUUGGCGUGGAGUUUUCUGUGACAAUGUCAGCCAUACUGUGGUUUCUCUGAACCUGUCCAGUUUGAACCUUGGUGGAGAGAUAUCACCGGCCAUUGGUGACUUGACAAACUUGCAAUCCAUAGACUUGCAAGGGAAUAAACUAACUGGGCAAAUCCCUGAUGAAAUUGGAAACUGUGCAGCACUUGUUCAUCUGGAUUUGUCCGAUAAUCAGCUUUAUGGUGAUAUACCUUUCUCAUUGUCAAAGUUGAAGCAGCUCGAGCUUUUAAAUUUAAAGAGCAAUCAAUUGACUGGUCCUAUCCCUUCAACUUUAUCCCAAAUUCCCAACCUCAAGACUCUGGAUCUUGCUCGGAAUAGGCUCAGUGGCGAGAUACCAAGAAUACUCUAUUGGAAUGAAGUCUUGCAGUACCUUGGGUUGCGUGGGAACAUGUUGAGUGGUACUUUGUCCCGUGAUAUCUGUCAAUUAACUGGUUUGUGGUAUUUUGAUGUGAGAGGUAAUAAUUUGACUGGUACUAUACCUGACAACAUUGGGAACUGUACAAGUUUUGAAAUCUUGGACAUAUCGUAUAAUCAGAUUACUGGGGAGAUUCCAUUUAAUAUUGGAUUUCUGCAAGUUGCUACUUUGUCACUUCAAGGAAAUAGACUAACUGGGAAGAUUCCAGAAGUGAUUGGUUUAAUGCAAGCCCUUGCAAUAUUGGAUUUGAGUGAGAAUGAGUUAGUGGGCUCGAUUCCCCCCAUUCUUGGUAAUCUGACUUUCACUGGCAAAUUGUACCUUCAUGGAAACAUGCUUACGGGUCCUAUACCUCCUGAACUUGGCAAUAUGUCCAAACUGAGCUACCUGCAAUUGAAUGAUAACGGCCUAGUGGGUAAUAUUCCAAAUGAAUUUGGGAAGCUAGAACAUCUUUUUGAAUUGAAUCUCGCGAACAAUCAUCUUGAUGGAACUAUCCCACAUAACAUAAGCUCCUGCACUGCCUUAAAUCAAUUUAAUGUGCAUGGUAAUCAGUUAAGCGGUUCUAUUCCAUUGAGCUUCCGCAGCCUAGAGAGUUUGACAUGCUUAAACCUCUCAUCAAACAACUUCAAGGGGAUUAUACCAGUUGAGUUGGGGCAUAUCAUUAAUCUAGAUACAUUGGAUCUAUCUAGCAAUAAUUUUUCAGGGCAUGUGCCAGCAUCUGUUGGUUAUCUAGAGCAUCUCCUGACCCUGAAUUUGAGUCAUAACCACCUUGAUGGUUCCUUGCCUGCUGAAUUUGGGAAUCUCAGAAGCAUUGAGAUUCUUGAUUUGUCAUUCAACAAUAUCUCUGGUAGCAUUCCUCCGGAAAUUGGACAGCUGCAGAACCUUAUGUCUCUGUUUAUGAACCACAAUGAUCUGCGUGGGAAGAUUCCUGAUCAGUUGACUAAUUGUUUCAGUCUAACCUCACUAAAUUUGUCCUAUAAUAACCUUUCUGGUGUAAUUCCUUCAAUGAAGAACUUCUCAUGGUUUUCUGCUGACAGCUUCCUUGGAAAUUCUUUACUAUGUGGAGAUUGGUUAGGAUCAAAAUGCCGUCCUUACAUACCAAAAUCAAGAGAGAUUUUUUCGAGAGUUGCUGUUGUAUGCCUCAUUCUUGGAAUUAUGAUAUUGUUGGCCAUGGUAUUUGUAGCAUUCUACAGAUCCAGCCAAUCGAAGCAAUUGAUGAAAGGAACCAGUGGAACUGGGCAAGGCAUGUUGAAUGGUCCUCCAAAACUAGUUAUUCUUCACAUGGAUAUGGCUAUCCACACCUUGGAUGAUAUAAUCAGAGGUACUGAGAAUCUCAGUGAGAAAUAUAUCAUAGGGUAUGGUGCCUCUAGCACUGUAUACAAAUGUGUUUUGAAGAAUUCCCGACCAAUUGCAAUUAAGCGACUGUACAACCAACAACCACACAAUAUAAGGGAGUUUGAGACCGAACUUGAAACAGUUGGUAGCAUUAGACAUAGAAAUCUUGUCACCUUGCAUGGAUAUGCUCUUACUCCCUAUGGAAAUCUUCUUUUCUAUGACUAUAUGGCGAAUGGCUCACUGUGGGAUCUUCUACAUGGUCCUUUGAAGGUGAAACUUGAUUGGGAAACUCGCCUGAGGAUUGCUGUUGGAGCAGCCGAAGGGCUUGCAUAUCUCCAUCAUGACUGCAAUCCACGAAUAGUUCACAGAGACAUCAAGUCUUCAAAUAUUCUGUUGGAUGAGAACUUUGAGGCGCAUCUUUCUGACUUUGGCACGGCAAAAUGUAUCUCAACAGCAAAAACUCACGCAUCAACUUAUGUCCUUGGAACUAUAGGCUAUAUUGACCCUGAGUAUGCCCGAACAUCUAGGCUGAAUGAAAAAUCAGAUGUGUAUAGUUUUGGAAUAGUUCUGCUGGAGCUACUUACUGGGAAGAAGGCCGUGGACAAUGAGUCCAAUUUGCAUCAAUUGAUAUUGUCCAAGGCAGAUAACAACACUGUAAUGGAAGCUGUGGAUCCAGAGGUCUCUAUUACCUGCACUGAUCUGGCUCAUGUCAAGAAGACCUUUCAGCUUGCUUUGCUUUGCACGAAAAAGAACCCUUCUGAGAGGCCUAGCAUGCAUGAAGUAGCCAGGGUGCUGGUAUCACUACUUCCUUCACCUCCAAGUAAAAUCCUUGCCCCUCCUGCAAAGAAGUUCGACUAUGCGCAUUUUGUGAUCGAGAAGGGACAACAGAGAAAAAUGGAAGAACAAAAACCUCAGCAGGAUAACAACUCAUCCAAUGCUCAAUGGUUUGUUCGCUUUGGGGAUGUUAUCUCCAAGAGCACUUGACCUUUCUUACCUAUGUGCCUGAAGGAUUCAUGUCAGUGAAAAAACUAGUUUCUUUUUGUGAUUAGAUAUCAUAUAUCAUUUGGAUAGAGGUUAAAGGGCUUUACUAUUAUAGGACGUUUCUACUGUAUAUCUUACAACAGUUGUUUUCAAGCAUUGUUAUGGCAAAUGGUUAAGAGCACUUACGAUGCUUCUUUUAGUUGUUAUGGUUUUUACUUUUCCUUUGAUUUUACCAGUGGUGAUAUUGUGAUUGAUUUUAGUGUAAAAUCAGCAGAGCGGGCUUAUGCAGUUUAUCAUAUAUAUUGAAUUUUGUAAUUGAAUAUCGGUUUGACAAGAAUUAUUUAUCAUGGGCUGUAAA